CACCCGUUUGUUCCCGGACCAACUCUGCUCUCUUCUUGUCCCUGAAGGAGAGAGCAGAGUGGGUCAGUGAACAAAAGGCUGUGGCGCAUACCCGCAGUGGGUAUGCGCCAUUAAAUGGGAAGAAGAACGAGAAUAAGACGCGUCAGGUGAACAAGAACGAGGGUGCAGGCCAUGGCAGCGAAAUUCAAGCCGGUGACGCACGUGAUCUUUGAUCUGGACGGCGUGGUCUUAGACACGGAGAAAAUUCACGAGGAGGCAGUGCAGUCGAUAGCCAGCCGUUACGGCAAGAAGUACACGUGGGAACUGAAGGUGAAGCUCUUGGGCACAACCGGCCCAGACUCUGCACGAAUGGUGAUCGAUGGCCUGAACUUGCCACUCACCGUGGACGACUACCUGGCAGACUUGGGCCGCAUCUACGCCGAGAAGUACCCCAAAGUCGACCUCAUGCCCGGCGUGGAUCGGCUCGUGCGCCACCUGCACAAGCACGGCAUCCCUAUGGCGAUAGCGACCAGCUCGAAGCGCGUCUGCGUCACGAUGAAGACUGUGCGCCACAAGGACCUGUUUGCGCUCUUCCAGCACGUGGUGUGCGCAGGCGACAACCCCAAGGUCAAGCGCGGAAAGCCACACCCGGAUAUCUUCCUGAUCACCGCGUCCGAGUUUGAUGGGAAGCCGCCCUCCGAAAAGGUGUUGGUAUUCGAGGAUGCCCCAAACGGUGUCACUGCCGCCCUCGCCGCCGGAAUGCAAGUCGUCAUGAUUCCGGACCCUCGGAUGGACGAAGCAAACAAGCGUCGGGCCACCAUGUGGGUCGACUCGCUGACAAAGUUCAAGCCUGAGCUCUUCGGCCUACCACCUUUCGAAGAGACCGGCAAGAAGAGUUCACCUGAUGAUGAGAAAAAGGCCCCGUGAACUGCUAAUCGAUCUCAGCGUUU